CACUUCAUGAUGUCUUGUUUUUACUACAUUCUAAAGCUUUUGCAGUAUUUCUCGGUAAAAUAAAAAAACAAAAAUAAAAAUAAAAUAAAAAAUACUGCUUAGCUUUUGGAAUAUCCUCCUUUUAAUCUCAACCAAAAAAAAUAAUAAAAACAGAAAAAUGGCACGCCAGUUUGUUGUUUUGGCCUUAUUGGCUUUAACCAUCGUCACCGUUUUUGCAGCUGACGCUCCUUCAGCCUCCCCAAAAAAAUCUCCGUCACCCACAGUUGCACCAACCAAAGCUCCAGCCGCCCCAACUAAGGCUCCUGCAGCUCCAACCAAGGCUCCGGCAGCCGCACCCAAAUCAUCUUCAGCCUCUUCUCCUAAAACAUUUUCCCCUGCUGCCGAAGGACCAGUUCCAGAGGAUGACUACAGUGCUUCCAGUCCUAGUGAAUCUGAGGCACCUACCGUCUCUUCCCCACCAUCUCCCACCCCUGAUAGCACUGCGGCUGAUGGACCAAGCGACGGACCCAGUGCAGAAUCACCCACUGGUGGUGCUGUGACAAGUGCCAAACUUUCCGUUGCCGGCACCAUCGCCGUUGUCGGUCUUUUUUUCUUUUCUUUCUAAGUUAAAUUAUAUACAUUUUACUUGGAUAGAUAAGAGAUUUGUCUAAUUUUUUGAGUUGAGGCAGCAAAAUUAAUUUAUACACGUUUAUAAAUGGAGAUUAAUUGGAGUUAAUAUAAACCUAAUGUCACUAUGAAAUUUUGUUGAGAACAAAUGGUUCAUGUUUUGAUUUAAUUAAAUUACAUUUUGUGGAAUUAAUAAUGUUGGUUAAUUAUUUGUAUGUGA